GGAUAGUCAAUAUCGUCGAGCUUACUCCGCUCUGACCUCUGACGACAGCAAAACGUUACAUUAUAUAAGGGGUUCUCUUGCCUUAACACUCCCUCUUUCUUUUCUAGAUGAAACGACUGCACUUUCUUAAUUCUCAAACGAAAAAAACAGUCCAAGCAUACAACAUGUCCGGAACCCAAUCUCCCAGUAGUAACAAGCCUGACCCCAUGCUCCCAAAGGAUGUCUCUCAAAUGACUCAGGCAGAUCAACGCCCUGCUGCUUCUGGAAACAAACCUGGAGCUGCCCCCGGAGAGAAGUCUGAAGGCGGUGUCAGCGGGUCUGCAUUCAAGAGUGCGCAACAGUCGGCUGACAGCUUGUCCGGGGAGGGCGGCAAGUCAAGGAAGGAAGUAGAGACUGGCCCUGGCCCCACAUAAAGAUGACUUGCGGGGGAUAUGACGGCAAUUUCAGAAGUUAAAUAAUUACGAGUAUACAUACCAACACAUCAUGCAAAGUACAGUAUGCAGUUGACACACGACACAUCUCCGUUACUUGACCUGUCUGUGUUAACACAUUUGCUGC